UUACAGGAUCUGACUACAUCAGCUCUCCGCUGGAACUUGUGGUUUAUUAUGUUCGUUUGCUCCAGAAAAUGACAGAGGCCGAACUGUACACGGUUCAUAAAGGUGUGUACGUGCCGACGCAUUUACACCCUCCUGAAAGCCUGAAAUACUGUGAGGAGUUCACUUUCCGUCCAGAUGACAUCCUCAUCGUCACUUAUCCCAAAUCCGGCACCACAUGGAUGCAGGAGGUCGUGCCCUUGAUAGUGAGCGAGGGCGACCUGACGCCGGUGCUGACGGUGCCGAACUGGGACCGAGUGCCGUGGCUGGAGGAACACCGGGCGAUGCUGCUCAGUUUACACCAGAGACCGUCUCCUCGCAUCUUCGCCACUCACUUCCAUCACGCAAUGAUGAACGAGUCUUACUUCAAGAUAAAGCCCAGGGUCCUGUACGUCAUGAGGAACCCCAAAGACGUGUUCACGUCCUCGUAUCACUACUAUGGGAUGGCCUCAUACCUGGUGAAGCCGGGAACCCAAGACCAGUUCAUGGACAAGUUCCUCCAUGGAGACAUCAUGUUUGGUUCCUGGUUUGAUCAUGUGAAAGGUUGGCUUAAUGCGGGUGACCAGGAAUCCGUACUGUACGUUUUCUAUGAGGAGAUGAUCGCUGAUUUGAAAGGAUCCGUGGAGAAAAUCGCUCAGUUUCUUGGGAAAUCUCUGAGUCCGGACGUGACGGAGAAGAUCGCCGAACACUGCGUUUUCAAGAACAUGAAGCAAAACAAAAUGUCCAACUUUUCUUUGGUUCCAGAGGAAUUCAUGAACCAGAAGAAGUCAGAAUUCCUGAGGAAAGGAAUCGCAGGCGACUGGAAGAAUCUGUUCAACGAGGCUCAAGAGCAGCGAUUUGAUGCUGUGUACAACGACAAAAUGAAAGACGUGAAAUUCAAGUUUCCGUGGGACUGAACAUAUUGUGCUUUUAAUAACCCUGAUGAAUCCUUUGGUGCUCGUUUAUAAUAUUCCUGGUCCGCAGAUGUGUGUGAUUAUUACAUAAAUCCACCUUGACUGUCUUUUUGUCCACAUUAUUUUAAAAUAGAUCACAAAAGUGGUUCUGCUCUAGAUAUCUCUGUAAUACAUUACUUUAUCAAAAUUAAUAUUAACAUUCCUCCUUUGAUUAAAAGUAUAGUUUCUUUAUCAAUGAGUGACAAUGAUUUAGCUGUGUUAAUUAUGCUUUCUUACUAUUUUAAUGUGAUUUGGUAAUGCUUUACAAUAUGUUACAAAGAAAUAUAAAUUUUACAGCAUUUAUUAACCUUUCAUGUUAGUAAAAAUGUUCAGAUUAUUUACUAUGUAAACAGAUAUAAUACUGGAUCAU